CCAUAUUUGCUGUCUCUCUCUCUCUCUCUUCCUAAUUAGUUUCAUUUCCUUCUGUGUUUUCUUAUAUACUUGGUUCCAUUUCCUAUAGAUUCUCUCUCUUUCAGAGCUUUGUUGAAAGUAGAUAGAGAGAAAAAUGAGCAACAUAAGUAUGGUGGAGUCAAAGUUGGCUCCAGGGUUUAGAUUCCACCCAAAAGAUGAAGAACUUGUGUGUGAUUACUUGAUGAAAAAGAUCACUACUCAUUCUGGUUCUCUUCUCAUGAUAGAAGUUGACCUCAACAAAUGUGAACCUUGGGAUAUUCCUGAAACGGCAUGUGUGGGGGGAAAAGAAUGGUAUUUUUACAGCCAAAGAGACAGAAAAUAUGCAACAGGAGUAAGAACAAAUAGGGCAACGGCAUCAGGCUACUGGAAGGCAACUGGGAAGGACCGUCCUGUCCUUCGGAAGGGCACCCUUGUUGGGAUGAGGAAGACUUUGGUCUUUUACAAGGGCAGGGCUCCCAAAGGAAGAAAAACUGAAUGGGUCAUGCAUGAGUUUCGUCUCGAGGGAUCCCUUGCUUACCCUAAUAAGAUUUCUCCACCUAAGGAGGAUUGGGUUUUGUGUAGAGUGUUCUAUAAAAAUAGAGAAGUUGCUGCCAAACAAAGCAUGGGAAGCUGCUAUGAAGAUGACACAGGCUCUCCAUCUCUUCCACCAUUAAUGGAUUCUUACAUCACUUUUGACCAAACUCAACCCUACCUAGAUGAGUAUGACCAAGUGCCCUGCUUCUCCAUUUUCUCUCCAAGCCAACCCAACCUAAUUUUCCCACACAUCUCUCAAAUGGACUCCAACAUAAUACCCACAAAGACCUCAACUGCAUUUGGACAAAUACCUAUUAGUAGUACUUGUCCGAAUUUAGACAGUGUCUCUUGUGACAAGACAGUAAUCAAAGCUGUUUUGAAUCAACUUAACAAGAUGGAAAGCAAUCCUAACAUUCAUGGAUCUCCUAGCAUAGGAGAAGGAAGUUCAGAGAGCUACUUAUCUGAAGUGGGUAUGUCCAACAUAUGGAAUAAUCAUUACUGAUUUUUGUGGCUUUCAAGGGAUUGUUUCAAGGAAUAUAUGUCCCAUUUUAGGAAAAUCACCUCUCUCACUGUUAAUAGUUCUUGAAUUUGUAUUUAUAAGUUGAGAGUGACAUAUAUAAAAAAACAAAGUAAAGCUAUUUAUUGUGAUCAUAAA